AACUCAACUGACAUCUCUCAUCGAGCUAUACAAAUAUACAAAAAGAAAGAAAAGAAGCAAUAGAGCUUCUUAAACUAUAGAGCCAAGGCAAGAACACAAGAAAGAACCAAAAAUCAAUCAAGAAAAUGCCAAUCACUAGAAUUGCAAUUGGGAAUCCGGGAGAGGCCAGCCAACCGGAUGCCCUUAGGGCAGCCUUGGCAGAGUUCUUCUCUAUGGUUAUUUUCGUAUUCGCCGGCGAAGGAUCCGGCAUGGCUUUCAACAAGCUGACGAGUGACGGGUCAUCGACACCGGCUGGCCUUGUAGCUGCAUCAUUGGCUCAUGCGUUUGCACUUUUUGUGGCGGUAUCAGUUGGUGCAAACAUUUCAGGAGGUCAUGUAAACCCUGCUGUCACUUUUGGUGCAUUUAUUGGAGGAAACAUUACUCUCUUGAGAGGAAUUUUGUAUUGGAUUGCUCAAUUGCUUGGAUCUGUUGUUGCUUGCUUGCUCCUUAAAUACGCCACUGGUGGAUUGGAAACAUCGGCAUUUGCCUUAUCAUCAGGGGUGUCUGCAUGGAAUGCAGUGGUGUUUGAGAUAGUGAUGACGUUUGGACUGGUCUACACUGUAUACGCCACAGCCGUGGAUCCAAAGAAGGGAAAUUUGGGAAUUAUUGCCCCAAUUGCAAUUGGUUUCAUAGUUGGUGCCAACAUUUUAGCAGGUGGUGCUUUUGAUGGUGCAUCCAUGAACCCAGCAGUUUCUUUUGGCCCUGCAGUUGUAAGCUGGACAUGGACUAACCACUGGGUUUACUGGGUUGGUCCAUUGAUUGGUGCAGCCAUUGCAGCCCUUGUCUAUGACAACAUCUUUAUUGGUGAAGGUGCACAUGAGCCACUUUCCACUAGUGAUUUUUAAGAAUUAAAUUAAUAUUGCCCCUCCCCUCCUUGUUUUUUAAAUUGAGGAGUAAUAAAAUUUGUAUUUCUCUUGUAGUUUGGUUGUGUAAGGUGUUUUCUGUUGUUGUCUCCACUUAUUUUAUAGAUCAAACUUUGCUUUAGUUGUCUUUUUUCACUUCUUUCAUUAAUGAUAUCAUCUUUUGUUUAUUUUGCA